ACUGCAUUGAGCAGCUGAGGGACUCUCUGUAUGUGUAUGUGAGUAAAAGGCACAGACAGGAGAUUCUGUGUAAGGCAAACGAAACCCUUUCUACUGCUCUGCAGCUUCUGUACAGAAAGAAGUCUUUGGAAACAGAAUGUUAAUGCUGGACGGGAUGCCGGCAGUUAGAGUAAAAGCAAACCUAUUGGAAUCUGAACAAGGGUCCCCAAAGGUUCAAAACUUUCCAGACAUGGAAGCUGUACCUCUCCUUCUCAACAGUGUGAAAACAGAACCCCCUGAAGAUUUACUAUCUACUGACCAUUUUCAAACACAAACCGAGCCUGUGGACUUGUCAAUAAAUAAAGCAAGAUCCUCACCCAGAGCAGUAUCUUCACCAGUCUCCAUUACCACUUCUGCUGCUUCACCUUCCUCAAACUCCUCGUCCAGCCGUCUAGCAUCAUCUCCAACAGUGAUAACAUCUGUAUCUUCAACGGCAUCAGUGCCAACAGUAUUAACCCCGGGACCUCUAGUAGCUUCAGCAUCUGGAGUUGGAGGACAACAGUUUUUGCACAUUAUUCACCCAGUACCUCCUUCAAGUCCUAUAAACUUGCAAUCGAACAAAUUGAGCCAUGUUCACCGUAUUCCUGUUGUUGUUCAGUCUGUUCCUGUUGUUUACACAGCAGUUAGAUCACCAGGCAGUAUGAAUUCUACCAUAGUUGUACCUCUUUUAGAAGAUGGAAGAGGACAUCUUAAAGCACAUAUGGAUCCAAGAGGGCUUUCUCCUAGACACCUAAAAAGUGAUAGUGAUGAUGAUGACGAUCUGCCAAAUGUAACCUUAGACAGUGUUAAUGAAACUGGAUCCACAGCACUGUCCAUAGCCCGAGCAGUGCAAGAUUCAGUCUCACCCUUCAGUAUCGAAAGCACAAGGCGCCAGAGAAGAUCAGAAUCUCCUGACUCCAGAAGACGAAGAAUACACCGGUGUGAUUUUGAAGGCUGUAACAAGGUCUACACAAAAAGUUCUCAUCUGAAGGCACACAGAAGAACUCACACAGGUGAAAAACCAUACAUGUGUACCUGGGAAGGGUGUACAUGGAAGUUUGCACGAUCAGAUGAGCUGACACGGCAUUACCGCAAACACACAGGAGUAAAGCCAUUUAAAUGUGCAGACUGUGAUCGCAGCUUUUCCCGUUCAGAUCAUCUGGCAUUGCAUCGUCGAAGACACAUGCUUGUGUGAGUCUUCAGUCUGUAAAAGAGCUGGGUCUCUUUUCCGUGAUAAAUUCAGCAGGGCUGAAUCUCGUUUAGAGUGUAAGAUACACAGAAUGCGCCAGUCAUAUCCAAA